GAAGAAUUUGUUCUUUCCCUUUCACUACAAACUUCAAUUCAUCAUCAGUCCUAUUAAAUCCUUUCUCCACUAGACAAUCUAAAUUCUUAUCAAUCUCAUCCUUGAUUUCCAGUUUAUCUACUUAUAUUACAUCUUCAUCAUCAUGCCUUUCACAAUCGAUCUCAAGGAUAAAUGUAUCAUUGUCACUGGUGGGAACCGAGGUAUCGGUCUUGCCUUAUCAGAAGCUUGUGCUGAAGCUGGUGCAUCAGUUGCAAUCAUCUACAAUAGUGCCAAAGAUGCUGAUGAUCGAGCAAGUGAAAUCGCAAAGAAAUUCGAUAUCAAAUGUCGUGCUUACCAAUGUGAUGUUGGAAAACAAGAGGUGGUAAAAGAAGUGUUUAAGAAAAUUAACUCUGAAAUGGGACCUGUGACUGGAUUGAUUGCCAACGCAGGUGUUUCUGUUGUGCGAGAGGCCUUAAAGUACACUAAGGAUGACUUUAGUAAAAUUUUCGACGUCAACGUUUUCGGUGUUUUCAACACCGCUCAAGCUGCUGCCCAGCUAUGGGUUGAUGCUGGAUUCAAGGAAGGAAGCAUCGUCAUCACUUCUUCGAUGAGCUCUCAAAUCUGCAACCGACCACUCACCCAAUGUUUCUACAACUCUUCAAAGGCAGCCGUUUCUAACCUUGGAAAGUGCUUGGCAGCUGAAUGGGCAGACCAUUCAAUCCGAGUCAACAUGCUGUCCCCAGGAUAUGUGAAAACCGAUCAAACUUCUCAUAUGGAUGCUAAACUUCGUGAGUUUCAAGCUGAUGGAGUACCACUCAAGAGGUUUGCCGAACCCGAAGAGAUGGCUGGACAGGCUAUUCUUCUUCUUUCCAAGCGAGCCAGUUACAUGACUGGAGGUGAAUAUUUUGUUGAUGGUGGUAACCUAGUAUGGUAAAAGAAUCUAUGAUGACGAUUUUUUCCAUCGAUCGUUAAAAUCUUUCUUCUGCCUCGUUUUACUUUGUCUUUGCAAUGUCUCGCUUUUUCUCUUUAUCAAAUCAAAGUAUGUAUAUGUUGAACCUAACCAUCAAGAAGAAAAAAAAAGUAAAAAUUAGUUAUAUAUAUAGUGUGCAAUUCUUUUGUUGUUAUUAAGAAUGAAGAGAUUGAGAUGUAGAUGAGUGAAGUUAUCAAUGGUGAUUUCUUUUGUUUUGCAAAAGUAGAUUGUGAAUUGUU